AUGCUUGGAGAAACCUUCCUCCUUGAAUGUUUAUCUGCCCUGAUCCUAAUCCAAUUACUUCAAACAUCCAGCGCAAGCCAUAACACCCAAUGCAACCCUUCUGCCUGUGGCAGGAUUCCUAAUAUUAGCUACCCUUUCCGAUUAAGAGGGGAUCGAAAACACUGUGGCCAUUCCAGCUACGAACUAGUUUGUGAAAACAAUAUUACCUCACUUUAUCUAAAUUCCCACAAGUACCAUUUGCAAGCCAUCAAUUACCACAAUUUCACUAUUCGUCUUGUUGAUGCUGCCUUAAAAAAUGACACUUGCUCCUUUCCUCAGAAUUCUCUAUUUCAAUACAACUUCACUAAUAAUUUUCCAUAUACAAUCUCCAGCUACAAGCAAAGAAAACCAAGAAUAUUAGCUAAAGUAGCAUUGCCUAUUACUUUUGUGAGCUGCCCAUAUCCCUUCAAUUCUUCUGUCUUUUCGGAAACUGCUCGUUGUAGCCACAAGGUCUAUGCUUUCAAUGAUUCCAAUUCAUCAACCCGAAGAUACACGUAUGUUAAGGCUGGUGAUUUGAAUGUAACAGAUGUGAGAGAUAUGUGCAGUAUUGAUCUCAUAGUGAUGACAUCGUGGCCAUUUAAGGAUGCGAAUAAUCUUUCGCUUUCAGAAAUCCGUGGCUCUCUGCUAUAUGGAUUUGAGCUUUCUUGCAUUUGCAAAAAGGAAAAAUCUUGCUAUAUUGGUGUUGAUGAAACAGGAUCUAUCCAGUACUAUAGCAUAGGAAUUCCACGGUGGUCCAACGUAAUUUACUGGAUCACGGAAAUUUUCGGUUAUUAUUGCACACGCAUAAGAAGUUCACGGAUGUCCAUGGCAUUUGCCGGGAUCAGGUCAAUUUUCUGGUGUCUUGUUGAAUAUUUCAUACCACUCUACAUAGGAGCGAGGAUCUUGAUUGGAGUGCCUUUUUUGUUUGGAUUACUAAUCUAUAAAUUUAGAAGAAGGCACUUGUCGAUGUUUGAUGCGAUUGAAAGUGCGGUGAUUUACAUACAAUUUUUUAAACAGUUUUCCAGUGAUCUCUUUUUGGGUAUAUUUUCGGUGAAGAGACUGGAUCCAGAGGAGAAAAUUAUAAUAUAUGGAGGGCGACGCAGAAAAAGGUGCCAUUCCACAGUUGUUUCGGGAUGGUUCUCUGAACUUCUGUCAUCCUCUGAUAAAGCUCUGAAAGAAUAUUAUUUCAACAACCCAAUGUGGCCAGGAGAAGCACACUCCCUGAAAGUAGAAAAGAUUCUGUUUAAGGAAAAGUCAGAGUACCAGGAGGUUAUGGUUUUUGAGUCCUCUGUAUAUGGAAAAGUGCUUGUGCUAGAUGGCAUUGUUCAGUUGACAGAGAAGGAUGAAUGCGCCUAUCAGGAGAUGAUAACUCAUCUCCCCCUUUGUUCCAUUGAAUCCCCCAAAAAUGUUCUGGUUGUAGGUGGAGGCGAUGGUGGAGUUCUUCGUGAAAUUGCCCGCCACAGCUCUGUGGAGCUGAUUGAUAUUUGCGAGAUAGAUAAAAUGGUUAUAGAUGUUAGCAAGGAGUUUUUUCCAGAGUUAGCUCUUGGCUUUGAGGAUCCUCGCGUGCGACUAAGUGUUGGUGAUGCUGUCGAAUUUCUACGGCAAGCAGCCGAAGGGAAGUAUGAUGCUAUUAUUGUUGAUUCAUCGGACCCUGUAGGUCCAGCUCAGGAGCUUGUGGAGAAACCAUUUUUUGAGAACCUUGCCAGAGCAUUGAGGCCUGGUGGUGUUCUAUGUAAUAUGGCAGAGAGUAUGUGGCUCCACACGCAUCUGAUUCAAGAUAUGAUUUCCAUUUGCCGUGAAACAUUUAAGGGUUCUGUACAUUAUGCAUGGACUAGUGUUCCCACAUAUCCAAGUGGUGUUAUAGGAUUCCUAUUAUGCUCUACUGAGGGGCCGCCAGUUGAUUUUAAGAACCCUAUCAAUCCUAUUGAGAAGAUAGAGGGUGCCCUUCAGCAUAGACGGGAACUCAGGUUUUACAACUCCGAGAUUCACAAAGCUGCCUUUUGCUUGCCGUCUUUUGUCAAGAAGGAGGGCAACCUAGCUAUUGUAUCUUCUAAUUUUACAUCUCCCAACUUUUAUCAGAAUUGCACAUAUCUUCCCUAUAAGCUCCAUGCUAAAAAUCUAGCCUCUAGAAAUCACAUAUUUCUUUUUGGAAGCCAAAGAGGAAAUCUCGCUCUGAGAACUGUUGUCUGUGCUGUUCCAAAUGAGCAAGAUGAUUCUGAAAGAUGGGUUUCACAUAAUUUUGCUGAUGAUUCGGUGGUUAUCCAUCCUCUGGACGAUGAGAAUUCUCAAGAUCCAUGUUUUGCCUCGCAAUUGCAUCAGGCACUGAUAUCUAGCAAAAGUUUAUGA